CGUCCACACGCAAGGCUGCGACAGUCGACUCGAGGAGUGAUUCUUUGGUUACCCCAUUCGAAGAGUAGUAGUCGCAGCUGUGCUGUGACGCCUAAUUGGAGCUUAACCAUGUCUUCCGAAGCCAGACUCUACACAUUCAGUCAGGAGACAAAAGACCACCUUCGCAAAUUCCGCCUGGGGACCUCACGUUCCAAUGACCCACAAGCCGUGAUCUGUAUGAUCGAUAAAGCCACCUUGGAAAUCAGGCAGGAUGAUGAAAAAACCGUCUACAAGAAUCUGGAGGAUAUAGGGGAGGACUUACCGGACAAUUCGCCAAGAUUCGUGUUGUUGAGUUAUCCCUUAACCUUGCCUUCUGGACGCCUGUCUGUACCGUAUGUGAUGCUCUUCUACCUGCCGCCAACAUGCAACUCAGAGUUGAGAAUGCUCUACGCGUCCGCUAAGGAGUUGAUGAGGAACACGGCGGAAGUGGGAAAGGUCAUUGAGAUUGAGUCCACGGAGGAUCUAGAAGAAUUACCGCAAAAACUGGGGGCCGUGUGA